UUUUUUUUUAUAAUUUUGUAUAUAGAUAAAUAUAGAAAAUUUACUAUAGAUGUGGCAACUGUCAAGAGUAGAAAAUGGCAGAUAGCGAGGAAUUUUCCAAUGCCUUGAAGGAUUUACCGAUAAAAAUUCAAAAUUCCAGUUUAAAGCAACGUAGAGAAGUUUUUAAUAAGAUUCAGAAUGUACUCUCCCAUUCAGCAAUUAAUGAAAGUAUAGUGAAAGGAAUUUGCAAGGCUGCUCAAAUAACAUUACCUCGAUAUCACGAUAGCGAAUCCCAAUUGCUAGUAAAAAAUUUACUAAUUUCAUUGAUUGAAAUACAUCCAGAAUGGAGUAUAAAAAAUUUAACGCCUGUUCUUGGAGAUAUAGCAAGUCAAUACAGGAAUUCGGUUUCCACAAAAUUUGUAUCCCAUGUGGCAUUAUCUGGAUUAAAUUGGGCUUGUAUUUUAAUAACAAAUGGUUGGAAAAAGGAUGAUAAAUUAAUUAUUGAAAAUCUUUCUAGAAUUGUCAAUUCUCAAGCAAUCUUGAUAACUGUUAUAGUUUCUUCUGGAUUAAAUAAUAAGAUACUGAAAGGAUAUAAGUUGUUAUUUAAUAUAUGGAAAACUAUUCCAAAUUUAAUACAACUUUAUAUGGAGCAACUACAAAAAUUAGACCAAUGCCAACAAGUUGCAGUUCUUGGAUCAGUAAUGAUAAAAUAUUGUAUUUCAAAUGAUAAAAAGGAAACAUUCCAAGGUGCUGUUCCAUUGCUAAUGGACAUCUUCAUUAAAACUGUAGUAAGUUCCAAAUUAUUUAAUAUAUGGAAAACUAUUCCAAAUUUAAUACAACUUUAUAUGGAGCAACUACAAAAAUUAGACCAAUGCCAACAAGUUGCAGUUCUUGGAUCAGUAAUGAUAAAAUAUUGUAUUUCAAAUGAUAAAAAGGAAACAUUCCAAGGUGCUGUUCCAUUGCUAAUGGACAUCUUCAUUAAAACUGUAGUAAGUUCCAAAAUAAAACCUUUGAAAGAAAUUGUUAUUGGAUGCUAUCCACUACUUCAAAUACUAAGCCACGACCAAUUUAAAAGCAUUCUUUUACCAGCUCUACAGAAGGCUAUGUUAAGAAAUCCAGAAGUAAUAAUCGAAUGUGUUAGCUAUGUGCUAUCUGGCUUGAGCUUAGAUUUAAGCCAAUAUGCAGUUGAUAUUGGCAAAAGUUUGAUAGCCAACUUGCCAUCUAAAGAUGAAACAGUUAGAGAACAUUCAGUGAUAGCCUGUAAACAGUUAGCACAGCAGUGCAGUGAUUCUGGUGCAAUAGAAAAACUUGUGAAAGAUGUUUUCGCUGUAUUUCAUGGUUCAAAUGGAAAAUUAACGCUAAUUGAACAUAAAAUAAGUGUUUUACGAGGAGCUGGAAAUUUGAGUUUUAAUGGUGUAAUGGGAAGUAGUCUUCAAUGUUUGGCUUCAUCCACUUCAAAGUUUUUCUUCAAGGUGCUAGAAACCGAGGUGCAUGAAAAGGUUUUGUGUCAUACACUAGAUAUGCUAUCGUUAUGGAUAGCUAAAUUCAAUAAUGACGUGCCAAAAGAAUUGAUCGAUUCUCUAAAGAAUGGAAUGAACUUCAAAACAUCUACUGCUGCCGUUAGAACUUCAUACAUACAAUGCAUGUCCGUUUGUUUCAAUGGUAAUACGAUACCGCAAGCAACAGUUCUGAUUCCAACUUUAUUGAAAUCUAUUGAAAAAGCUAUUGCACAACCUUCACAAUAUCCCAUAGUUAUUGAAGGCUUGAGUGCUACCUGUCUGUUCCUUAGAAUUGUCACUGCCCAAGGAUCGAAUGAAAAUGCGUAUCAGAAUAUAUGGAACGUAAUUUUCGACAUGGAUAAACAGUUGUUUGUUUCUGAAAAAUUUCUUUCUGCUGCAACUAACGAGGGUUUGAAGAUGAUUCCACCAAAGCUGGAUGAGUUUGGGAGAGAAGUUGAGAAGUCGAUUGAUACUUGGGGACCUCGUAGAGGUGUAGCAGUGGCUUUAGCUGAGAUUUCACCUCUUUUAGAACCAGAUACAAUAGGCAGUCUUAUACAAUUUUUCGUCUCAAUAUCUCUCGCUGAUCGAAAAGAAAAAGUUAGAAAAGAAAUGCUGAACGCUGCUUUGAAAAUAGUCGAUCUUCAUGGAAACGAUCAUGUGUCUACUUUACUGCCAGUUUUUGAGAAUUUCAUGGACAAAUCAUCAAAAUCUGCACAAUUCGACGCAGUGAAGCAAGCUGUCGUUAUUUUGAUGGGUUCAUUAGCUAAGCAUUUAGACAAAGACGACCCCAGAAUAAAACCGAUAGUGAUGCGACUAAUAUCAGCACUUUCCACUCCCUCGCAAACUGUCCAAGAAGCGGUUGCAAAUUGCUUACCUCCUUUAGUUCCCUCAGUGAAAGAAGAAGCUCCAGGUCUUGUUAAUAAAUUGUUACAUCAAUUAUUAAAAAGUGAUAAGUACGGAGAUAGAAAAGGAGCUGCAUAUGGUUUAGCAGGUCUGGUAAAAGGAAUGGGUAUUUUGGCACUUAAACAGUUAGAUAUAAUGACCAAACUUACGGAAGCCAUUCAAGAUAAAAAGAAUUAUAAACAUCGAGAAGGUGCUUUGUUCGCAUUUGAAAUGUUAUGCCAAAUGUUGGGCAGAUUGUUUGAACCUUAUAUAGUUCAUGUGUUGCCUCAUUUACUACUGUGUUUUGGUGAUUCUAGUCAGUAUGUGCGUAAUGCCACUGAUGAUUGCGCACGCAUAGUAAUGAGCAAAUUAUCAGGACAUGGUGUCAAACUGGUAUUACCUUCACUUUUAGCAGCAUUAGAAGAGGACUCGUGGAGAACAAAAACAGGAUCCAUAGAGUUACUUGGAGCUAUGGCAUAUUGCGCCCCCAAACAACUUUCAUCCUGUUUGCCUAGCAUUGUCCCAAAGCUCAUUGAAGUUCUUAGCGAUUCUCAUAUGAAAGUACAAGAAGCUGGUACCGAAGCUUUAAGAGUAAUUGGAUCUGUUAUCAGAAACCCUGAAAUACAAGCUAUUGUGCCAGUAUUAUUGGAAGCACUCCAAGAUCCAUCUCACAAGACAUCGGCGUGUUUACAAACUCUUCUAGAUACUCAGUUUGUGCAUUUUAUCGACGCGCCGUCCUUAGCUUUAAUUAUGCCAGUGGUUCAAAGGGCGUUCCAAGAUAGGUCAACCGAAACGCGCAAAAUGGCUGCACAGAUUAUCGGCAACAUGUACUCAUUAACUGAUCAAAAGGAUCUGACACCAUAUUUGCCUACUAUUAUCCCAGGUUUGAAGAUGUCGCUCCUCGAUCCUGUUCCAGAGGUUCGAAGUGUCAGUGCCAGAGCUUUAGGAGCUAUGGUUCGAGGAAUGGGAGAAUCUAGCUUUGAGGACUUGCUACCAUGGCUGCUACAAACUCUCACUUCGGAAAGUAGUUCGGUGGAUCGCUCGGGAGCUGCUCAGGGUCUUUCAGAAGUGGUCGGAGGUCUUGGAGUUGAAAAACUCCAUAAACUUAUGCCAGAAAUCAUAGCGACUGCAGAAAGAACUGACAUCGCUCCGCACGUGAAAGAUGGUUACAUUAUGAUGUUUAUAUACAUGCCGGUUGUAUUUCAACAGGAAUUCACCCCGUAUAUAGGUCAAAUUAUAAACCCGAUUUUAAAAGCGUUAGCUGAUGAAAACGAAUAUGUAAGAGAUACGGCACUGAAGGCAGGUCAACGUAUUGUUAAUCUUUAUGCCGACUCUGCCAUCCUCCUUCUUUUACCUGAAUUAGAAAAAGGAUUGUUUGAUGAUAACUGGAGAAUUCGUUACAGUUCGGUACAACUUUUGGGUGAUCUCCUUUAUCGUAUUUCUGGUGUCACUGGAAAAAUGAGUACAGAAACAGCCAGUGAAGAUGAUAACUUUGGUACCGAACAAUCCCAUCAGGCCAUUAUCCGGGUGUUGGGGGCAGAGAGACGUAAUCGUGUACUCGCUGGUUUGUAUAUGGGUCGGUCCGAUGUAGCUCUGAUGGUGCGACAAGCUGCAUUGCAUGUAUGGAAGGUAGUAGUUACGAAUACACCUCGAACACUAAGAGAAAUUAUGCCGGUUCUUUUUGGUCUUCUCCUAGGAUGCCUUGCAAGUGAAAGUUACGACAAAAGACAGGUUGCUGCUCGAACUCUUGGUGACCUAGUGCGGAAGUUGGGUGAGAGAGUGCUGCCUGAAAUUAUUCCUAUCCUUGAAAAAGGACUUCAGUCGGAACGAUCUGAUCAAAGACAAGGUGUCUGUAUUGGCUUGUCAGAAAUAAUGGCAUCUACUUCAAAAGAAAUGGUAUUGACGUUUGUCAAUUCGUUGGUACCAACUGUACGAAAAGCUCUAUGUGAUCCCCUGCCAGAAGUAAGACAAGCCGCCGCAAAGACGUUUGAUAGUUUACAUUCUACUGUAGGUUCAAGAGCUUUGGACGAUAUUCUACCAGCUUUAUUAAACCAAUUGAAUAGCGAUGACGCAAAUACCGUCGAGUGGACCCUGGAUGGUUUACGUCAAGUAAUGGCUAUAAAAUCAAGAGUUGUUCUUCCAUAUUUGGUUCCUCAAUUAACUGCACCACCAGCAAACACUAAAGCGCUUUCAAUUUUAGCUUCGGUUGCCGGUGAAGCAUUGAACAGAUAUUUACCAAGAAUUUUGCCAGCUUUACAAACAGUUCUUGCCAGUUCUAAGGGUACGCCAGAAGAAGCGCAGCAAUUGGAAUACUGCCAAGCAGUUAUCCUGUCGGUUGUAGACGAAACAGGAAUAAGAACGGUUGUGGAUACUUUAUUAGAAAACACCCGUACUGAUAAUACUGAUCAACGACGAGCAGCUGCGGCGCUCUUGUGUGCUUUCUGUGCAAAUUCCCGAGCGCAAUAUAUCGCCCAUGUUCCACAGUUAUUGCGUGGUCUUAUACACUUGUGUACUGAUAAUGACAAGGACGUUCUGCAGAUGGCGUGGGAAGCACUAAAUGCAAUCACUAAGAAUCUGGAACCAAAGCAGCAGGCAGCUUACGUUUCGGAUGUUCGCCAAGCCGUCCGGUAUGCGUUGUCAGAUAUAAAAGGAAUCGGUACAGAUUUGUUACUACCUGGCUUUUGCUUACCAAAAGGAAUCGCCCCUAUUUUGCCAAUUUUCCGUGAAGCCAUUUUGAACGGCGAUGGCGACGAAAAAGAACAAGCAGCCCAAGGAUUAGGUGAAGUUAUCCGGUUAACUAGUGCUGCUGCUCUACAACCGAGUGUGGUAGCAAUUACUGGACCCCUCAUUAGGAUUCUUGGCGAUCGAUUUAGCUCAAAUGUAAAAUCGGCCGUUUUGGAGACGUUAGCCACUCUUUUGGCAAAGGUUGGAAUAAUGCUGAAACAAUUUCUUCCACAACUUCAAACAACCUUCAUUAAAGCACUAAACGACCCAAAUAGAACUGUGAGACUGAAGGCGGCACAAGCGCUUAGCUAUUUGAUUGUAAUCCAUCAAAGGCCUGAUCCCUUGUUUACUGAAUUGCACAACACUAUAAAAAACACAGACGAUUCAUCAGUUCGAGAAACCACCCUUCAUGCUUUGAGAGGAAUUAUAAGCCCUGCAGGAGACAAAAUGUCCGAACCCGUCAGGAAACAAAUUCAUUCGACACUUAUUAGUUUACUAAACCAUCCUGAAGAGGUGACAAGAAACGUUGCUGCUGGUUGUUUAGGUGCCCUUUGCAAAUGGUUACCACCACCUCAACUAGACACAACAAUAACUGAACAUAUUUUAAAUGAUGAUACUUCAGCUGACUGGACUUUAAGACAAGGAAGAGGGGCAGCCCUUUCUGUGGUUCUUAAAGAAUCUCCUGCUCUUUUAUGGGACGAACAAUAUCAGCUAAGACUAACUUUAUACUACUCAAAAAUUUUUUUUCUCAUUGAAGUUCUUAGCGAUUCUCAUAUGAAAGUACAAGAAGCUGGUACCGAAGCUUUAAGAGUAAUUGGAUCUGUUAUCAGAAACCCUGAAAUACAAGCUAUUGUGCCAGUAUUAUUGGAAGCACUCCAAGAUCCAUCUCACAAGACAUCGGCGUGUUUACAAACUCUUCUAGAUACUCAGUUUGUGCAUUUUAUCGACGCGCCGUCCUUAGCUUUAAUUAUGCCAGUGGUUCAAAGGGCGUUCCAAGAUAGGUCAACCGAAACGCGCAAAAUGGCUGCACAGAUUAUCGGCAACAUGUACUCAUUAACUGAUCAAAAGGAUCUGACACCAUAUUUGCCUACUAUUAUCCCAGGUUUGAAGAUGUCGCUCCUCGAUCCUGUUCCAGAGGUUCGAAGUGUCAGUGCCAGAGCUUUAGGAGCUAUGGUUCGAGGAAUGGGAGAAUCUAGCUUUGAGGACUUGCUACCAUGGCUGCUACAAACUCUCACUUCGGAAAGUAGUUCGGUGGAUCGCUCGGGAGCUGCUCAGGGUCUUUCAGAAGUGGUCGGAGGUCUUGGAGUUGAAAAACUCCAUAAACUUAUGCCAGGAAUAAGAACGGUUGUGGAUACUUUAUUAGAAAACACCCGUACUGAUAAUACUGAUCAACGACGAGCAGCUGCGGCGCUCUUGUGUGCUUUCUGUGCAAAUUCCCGAGCGCAAUAUAUCGCCCAUGUUCCACAGUUAUUGCGUGGUCUUAUACACUUGUGUACUGAUAAUGACAAGGACGUUCUGCAGAUGGCGUGGGAAGCACUAAAUGCAAUCACUAAGAAUCUGGAACCAAAGCAGCAGGCAGCUUACGUUUCGGAUGUUCGCCAAGCCGUCCGGUAUGCGUUGUCAGAUAUAAAAGGAAUCGGUACAGAUUUGUUACUACCUGGCUUUUGCUUACCAAAAGGAAUCGCCCCUAUUUUGCCAAUUUUCCGUGAAGCCAUUUUGAACGGCGAUGGCGACGAAAAAGAACAAGCAGCCCAAGGAUUAGGUGAAGUUAUCCGGUUAACUAGUGCUGCUGCUCUACAACCGAGUGUGGUAGCAAUUACUGGACCCCUCAUUAGGAUUCUUGGCGAUCGAUUUAGCUCAAAUGUAAAAUCGGCCGUUUUGGAGACGUUAGCCACUCUUUUGGCAAAGGUUGGAAUAAUGCUGAAACAAUUUCUUCCACAACUUCAAACAACCUUCAUUAAAGCACUAAACGACCCAAAUAGAACUGUGAGACUGAAGGCGGCACAAGCGCUUAGCUAUUUGAUUGUAAUCCAUCAAAGGCCUGAUCCCUUGUUUACUGAAUUGCACAACACUAUAAAAAACACAGACGAUUCAUCAGUUCGAGAAACCACCCUUCAUGCUUUGAGAGGAAUUAUAAGCCCUGCAGGAGACAAAAUGUCCGAACCCGUCAGGAAACAAAUUCAUUCGACACUUAUUAGUUUACUAAACCAUCCUGAAGAGGUGACAAGAAACGUUGCUGCUGGUUGUUUAGGUGCCCUUUGCAAAUGGUUACCACCACCUCAACUAGACACAACAAUAACUGAACAUAUUUUAAAUGAUGAUACUUCAGCUGACUGGACUUUAAGACAAGGAAGAGGGGCAGCCCUUUCUGUGGUUCUUAAAGAAUCUCCUGCUCUUUUAUGGGACGAACAAUAUCAGCUAAGACUAACAAAAACUAUCUUGAGUCAACUUUCAAGUGACAGAGUUCCUAUCACCCAGACAGCAAUCCGAUCCUGUGGUUAUCUAUUAGAGUACGUUUUACUCAAUAAUGAGCCACUACCCGUAGCUCUAUUGACACCCUUUGUUAAGACUAUGAACAAUAAUAGUAACGACGUGAAGCAAUUAUUGGCGAAAAUUUGUAUUCAUUUGGCAAGAAGGGUGCCGCCUGAAAAAAUGGUCCCGGAACUUCUGAAACUAUUGUUACCCGCAUUAGUUAACGGAACUAAAGAAAAGAACGUAUUUGUCAAAGCAAAUUCAGAAAUAGCACUUAUUGCGGUUCUUCGAUUAAAAGAAGACGAUGAAACACAUCAGAAAUAUUUGAAUGUACUUGACGUUGGGGCCCGAGAAUCAUUAUCUGAUGUAAUAAGUAAAGUGCUUAGAAAAAUUAUGCACCAUGCAGAAGGAAAAGAAGAAGAAUUAGAUGACACAUUACUAACUUGAUCAUUUCAGCCAUAUAUAUUUAGGAGUAAGUUAAUAAUGUCCGUAAAUAAUAAAUGUGAUUUUUGUAAAUUUCUGUCAUUUGUUGUUAAUUAUUAUCAUGAUAUAUCAAAACUUACAUUUAAUCGAUACCUUUACUUGAAUUAUCUUAUUACCUUUCAUUCUUUUUUACAAGUAUUCAAAAAGGCUGAAAUAUAUACUGAAAGUAAAACUAA